CAGCCCUGCAAUGAAAUCAUGGCGGGGCUAUUGGGAGGGCUGAAGAAAGGCCUCAGGAAUAGAGGACUCAGAGGCUCCAGGAAAAGAAGGACGCUUGGGGAAUCCAAGUCUCAGACACGAUGACAAGAAGAAGCCUUGCAAUCACUUGGGAAUGCACAGAGAGACAUCCUAGGACCAAAACUGCCGGGAUCCCUUGGCUGGCUGGGAAAGAAACUCUGCCCCCUCCUCUCCCGGCUUCCCCAAAUUUUCCCAUAAUGUUGCCAAGCAUUAGUCCAGCGUGGAGGCUACUUUCUGCUCAAACCACUCAUUUGGGUCCCGUGCCCAACGUCACCCAUCCUCAGCAAAACAACCUUUAUUUCCUUCUUCCUGGUUUCCAGAAAGUUCCCCUAAAGCCCUGAGGAAUCACCGAAUGAAAGGGGCUUUUUACAAAUAGGAAACUUAAUUAGAGUGCCAAUACACAACAUGGAUUGCACAAGGCUGGGUCUAAGAUAAAACCAGACUGUGGACAACAGAACAGAUAAGACCCACAUGGCUCUGCACUGCCUGGGUCUGUUAUUGUGUGGAGGAAUGUCUUAGUCUGUUGCUCCUGUGGGUGUAGCUAAAGCACGAACCAGGAGUCUUCAUACUUAGAAAGCAGUUAGACACCUGAGAACCCAUCCCAAACUACAGCCUUCCACAGAACCUUCUGGAACCUUCUGGAAUGCAACUCAUUACUGCCAGAGGGUCUUUGAUGGGAGUCUACUCUCUGCCAUUUGUCUUCAAAGAGAAUACCCACAUAUUCUCUUUCCGUGGAAAGGUUACCUAACCAAACUCCUGCAAAACCACACCACCUCUGCCUGUGAUGGGGACUAUUUGAAUCUACAGUGCCCUCGGCAUUCUACGAUAAGUGUUUAAUCGGCAUUUUAUGGGCAAGAUUACCAAGUGUGUAGUUCCCAGAAGCCUGCCUCCCAGAGGGAAGACAGCUUAACCUGUGUGGCACCCACCACCUUCCAGAUGAAUUAAAAAAAAAAAAACCGUGUGUGAAGACCAGGAGCUGAAACUGCACUGCCAUGAAUCCAAGUUCCUCAACAUCUACUCUGCGACCUAUGGCAAGAGUACCCAGGAAAGGGACAUCUGCUCCUCUGAGGCAGAGCGGCUCCCCCCUUUUCGGCAAAAGAUGUCCAAACGAUACAGACCCACAGAAUCUAACAGAUGUCUCUAUAUUCCUCCUCCUCGAACUCUCAGAGGAUCCAGAACUGCAGCCGGUCGUCGCUGGGCUGUUCCUGUCCAUGUGCCUGGUCAUGGUGCUGGGGAACCGGCUCAUCAUCCUGGCCGUCAGCCCUGACUCCCACCUCCACACCCCCAUGUACUUCUUCCUCUCCAACCUGUCCUUGCCUGACAUCGGUUUCACCUCCACCACGGUCCCCAAGAUGAUUGUGGACAUCCAAUCUCACAGCAGAGUCAUCUCCUAUGCAGGCUGCCUGACUCAGAUGUGUCUCCUGGCCAUUUUUGGAGGCAUGGAAGAGAGACAUGCUCCUGAGUGUGAUGGCCUAUGA